UUGAAGAGACUUGAAGAGCAAAAUCCAUGUUGUUAACGACCAAAACAUCCUCAACAGGCUUCUGGGUUUGUCCUUUUGCAAAUAAUUCUAGAGAAAAGCCACUGAAAUAUGGCACUUCUCAGGCUUUCCCAGGGAACCCAUAUUCAAGAACCUCUCUUUUUCCCUCAAGCGUUAGUAAUAUUUCUAUUGGUCUUCCACCUAAAGCUAGCUUUUUGUCUGCUAACAGAACAAGAAAUAUUCGUAGUAUUGAUAACAAUACUGAAAUUAUCAAAUUUUGUGAAUUGGGUAAUCUUGAUAAGGCCAUGGAAUUGUUGUUGAAGUGUGAAAAAUUGAAACUUGAUGCAAAAACUUAUUGUUCUUUGUUGCAACUGUGUGCUGAGUAUAAGUCAAUUGAUAAUGGUAGGGAAGUUCAUUCAAUUAUUGAGAGAAAUUGUAUUGAAACUGGUGGUGUUUUGGAGUCUAAACUUGUGUUUAUGUAUGUGAGUUGUGGGGAUUUGAUUGAAGGGAGAAGGAUUUUUGAUAGAACUGAAAGUGAGAACGUUUUCCUUUGGAAUUUAUUGAUGAAUGAGUAUGCAAAGAUCGGCAAUUUUAAGGAAAGUGUAAAUAUGUAUUAUAGGAUGCUGGAAUUGGGAAUAGAGAUGAAUUCUUAUACGUUUUCUUGCAUUUCGAAAUGUUUUGCAGCUUUAGAAAAUGUAGUUGAGGGGGAAAAGAUCCAUGAGAAAAUUUUGAAAUUGGGAUUUGGUUCUUAUAGUGCUGUUGUGAACUCGUUGAUUAGCUUUUACUUCAAGUGUGGAAGGAGUGCAAGUGGGCAGAAGUUGUUUGAUGAAAUGUGUGAAAGAGAUGUUGUAUCUUGGAAUUCUAUGAUAAGUGGUUAUGUGGCAAAUGGACUUGCCGUAAAGGGGAUAAAGUUUUUCAUGGAAAUGCUACGUUUGGGAGUUGACGUUGAUUUGGCUUCUAUGGUCAGUGUCCUUGCAGCCUGUGCUAGCAUCAUGGACAUUUUGCUGAGUAGAGCCAUUCAUGCUUACGCUGUAAAAGCAGGUUUUGAUCUAAAAAUGCCAUUUACGAAUACCUUGCUGGAUGUGUACGCUAAAUGUGGUGAUAUGGAUGGGGCAGUUUGUGUUUUUGAAAACAUGGGUGAACAAAAUAUUGUAUCAUGGACCUCCAUGAUUGCAGGGUAUGCUAGAGAAGGAUUAUCUUAUGAAGCUAUUGAAUUGUUUCAUGAAAUGAGAAAGAACGGCAUAGAUCCUGAUGUUUUUACUGUAACAAGUAUCCUUCAUGCUUGUGCCUGUAGUGGUUCAUUGGAAAGUGGAAUGAAAGUGCAUGCCUACAUCAAAGAAAAGAAUAUGGAAACAAAUUUAGUGGUGUCUAACGCUCUCAUGGACAUGUAUGCAAAAUGUGGAAGUAUGGAAAAUGCUGAAGCUGUUUUCUAUCAGAUGCCUGCAAAGGAUAUUGUAUCAUGGAAUACAAUGAUAGGAGGUUAUUCAAAGAACUCUCUGGCUAAUGAAGCAUUCAGUUUGUUUGCUAAAAUGCAACCUCACAAAAGGCCAGAUGAAGUAACAGUAACAUGCAUCCUUCCUGCUUGUGCCAGCCUAGCAGCUUUGGAUAGAGGCCGGGAAAUCCAUGGCUACAUCCUGAGAAAUGGGUUGUCUUCUGACCAUUUUGUUGUUAAUGCACUUAUUGACAUGUAUGUAAAGUGUGGUGCAUUAGUCAUGGCCAAAUUACUAUUCCGUAAGAUUUUAUCAAAGGAUCUGGUUUCUUGGACGAUAAUGAUAGCAGGUUAUGCCAUGCAUGGGUUUGGGACUGAAGCUGUUGCAACCUUUCGGAAAAUGAGGCAAGCUGGUAUUGAACCUGAUGAAGUUUCUUUUAUUUCCAUUCUCUAUGCUUGUAGUCAUUCGGGAUUACUGGAUGAAAGUUGGAGAUUCUUUAAUAUAAUGAGAAAUGAGUUUUACAUCGAACCCAACCUAGAGCACUAUACUUGUAUGGUAGAUCUUCUGGCCCGUGCUGGGAAACUAUCUAAGGCAUACAAGUUCAUCAAGGGCAUGCCAAUUGAACCUGAUGCAACAGUAUGGGGAGCUCUGCUUUGUGGGUGUAGAAUUUAUCAUGAUGUAGAUAUGGCUGAGAAAGUUGCAGAACAUGUAUUUGAGCUAGAGCCGGAAAACACUGGACAUUAUGUACUUCUAGCAAAUAUUUAUGCAGAGGCAGAAAAAUGGGAAGAAGUAAAAAGGUUGCAGGAAAAGAUAGGCAAGCGUGCCUUGAAAAAGAACUCAGGUUGUAGUUGGAUUGAGAUCAGGGGCAAAGCUUAUAUCUUUGUUUCUGGUGAUAGUGCAUACCCGCAGGCCCAAAGCAUUAAAUUCUUGUUACGAGAUCUGAGAAGGAAAAUGAAUGAACAAGGCCACUUUUCCAAACAGAAGUAUGCACUAAUCAAUGAAGAUGAGAUGGAGAAGGAAGUAGCUCUCUGUGGUCACAGUGAGAAAUCGGCUAUGGCCUUUGGGGUAUUAAGUUUGCCACCUGGCAAAACUAUACGAGUCACUAAGAAUCUCCGAAUAUGUGGUGACUGCCACGAGAUGGCUAAAUUCAUUUCCAAAAUGCUUGGAAGGGAGAUUCUCUUGAGAGAUUCUAGUCGCUUCCACCAUUUCAAGGAUGGGUCUUGCUCUUGCAGAGGUUAGUCUCGAACUGCUAGCAGGUUGUGGAACGAGUAAAAGGUGGACUCAUGGAGGCAGUUACUUAUUUCAUGGUUAUGACAUUGUGGAGAUGAUUGCUACAAUCAAUCUCAAAAUUGCAGCAAGUUACGUCUGUUACUUCUUUGCUGCUUCAUAUUUCUGAAAGCGUUCAAAGACUAUAGUAUUACCAGUUGAGCAUUCAGAUUUCUGAUCAACAUUCUGACGACCUUCCUCUUGCUAAUGCAAUGCCUCAUCCAUGGUGCUUUAGACUGGUACCGUAAAGCGAUCAAUCACUACACCGGGAAAAAGAAAAGAUGGUAAAUCUGAUCCAGAAAGAUAGCAUCGGCCUGGAAGUAACAGUUGUACUCAGACUUGUACAAAUGAUGAGCUAAGUUGAAUUGGCAGUGUUGCUGAAUAAAGCUGGUGAAAGGUUAAGGAUCAUCUGCCUCAAAAUAGGUAUAUUGCUUCCAACUGUGUUCCUACAUUCUAAGGGUACUUAUGAUCCUAGAAUGAUCACUGGAAAUUUGUAUUCAUAAAUUGAACGAGUCAUUGUAUUCCUAGGGAAUAAAUACCAAUCUAGAUAAUAGGCCUCAUAUGUUCAGAAAUGAAAAAUUGGCAGACUAUAUCAUUGCAACUAAGCAGAUCCUUUACAUUUCCUUCA